AUGUACGAUCUCUUGCAAAAUGACCCAACUUGGCAGCUGCACCGGUUCAUGCUCGACCAGCCACCAAGAAGACCAGUGUGGGAGGAAAAGCCUCUGUCUAAGCGAGAUGCGCCACCACGACAGUCGGGCACAAGUCAUCAAAUUGUCAUCCGGGAUGGUGUGCCAGAAAUUCAAAACCUCCCUGCUUCUCACCUCGCUCAGUCACAUGCUCCGAAGCCAGGUCCCUCAGGAUCGGCGCCCACUCGCACAAUCCAAGUCUUUCAGCGGCUCUCAGUGUCAGGAUGGAUGCCGUCACCGACUUGGCAUUGGCACAAAAUCGUCGAAGAUCUAGAGCUGACCGCAGAGUGCAGGCAAGUGACGAACAUGCCUCAGUUGUACCCAUUGUCACUGCCGCAGCUCUUCUAUGCUGGUUCUGAUGACGUCGUAAGCAAACAGAUCUAUCAUUGGGUGCGCCUUCGAGAUUGGUGCAUCUCGCAAGCCAUACACCCUACUGCUGAUGGUCGGUCAUACACAGCACCUCUCCAACUGUUACCUGCAGAUGUGAUGACCCACUUCUCCCCGGAUGACAUCGCGCGUCUGCCUAAGCCGCUAGACGCACAUAUGGAGAAUAUGCUAGGGAACAGACGAUGUGAGGCAGAUGGUGCGGACAGAGGAAGCCACCAGAGACUACAAGCAGAACGUGUUAACAUCGCUGUUCGAUUCACUCUCGAGGAUGGCUUCACCCCAUAUACCGAGGAUAUGAAGCCAUUGUGGGGCGACGAGUCGAUCACUCUUGUGCAUGCAGGAGAAUUCCCCUUGCGAGCAGAAGUCACGUGGGAGCUGUGUUUGCUCUCAUUUCAGCUGAAAUUGCUCAACGCAGAUCGCGUGCUGGCGCUGAUACACUAUCUGAAAGAUGAUAUGUUGAGGAUGGCUGAUGCACGCGACAAGGCUAUCCGUCUUGUCGACAAGCUUAUGAGUUCAGACUGGCAUGUGCGGCAGGAAGCAGUACUUAAGUGGGCGGAGAUCAUGCGAGAUUGGCCAGGAGGGGAAGAAAUCAGUGAGGAACAGUGGCUUGCUCUGGCGAUGGACCUCUCAGACUACGAAGGGAAGGUAAUUACCUUCUAUUGCAAGUCUUUCCACCAGCAAUUCGGCAGAAUGCCCGUUAUUCCCCUGUGUCAGCCUGAAAGUAUGGAUCGCCAUGUUAAGCAGCAUCUCUAG